CGAAUGAUUCCACUGUCAAACCAAAGAGCCCAGUAUCUGCCAACACUGUACACCAUAAAUCUACUUUUAGCUUAAGCACUCCUGCAUUUGCUGAAACUACCAGACACAAAGCAACCUUACCUGCCAUUCAGGUGACUGUAGUAGAGGCUCAUGAAGGUGAUGACAUGUCGGGUAAAGAAGACGAGCAAAGCUUGGCAGUAACGCCGGAAAGCUUCACAUUAUCUAGCAUGGAGACUGACACAACUUUCAGCUCUGGUGACACAGAGGAUGAGGACUUUUUGGACUCUGCAACUUCUAACAAUCUUCCCUCUCCAGAGAUCUUCAGAAGAGAAAACAAGGUGGAAACCUUCAAUUUUUCCACUGAGGAAGACCUGCUGGAUCUCCAUCGUCACAUAAAAAACUCCACUUUGUUGGAUGUCAGCCAUGCUGAGAGCAUACACAUGCAUCAUCCCCCUAACCUUUCUACCAUCCUGGAUGCCUCCACUAUUCUUGUUGAAAAGACCUGUGAGAUCAGCAACAACAGAGAAGCCGGAUCUACUGCUAAAGUACAAAAUGACUCGUUGAAAUCAGACAAAGCCUUUAAGAGGAAAACCCCACCAAGACUCAGCUACAGAAGACCUAUCUUGUGUAAGAAGAAGGUUUCAUUCAAAAGCCCUGUAAUUGCUGAGACCUUUGAUGGAAAAUGCAUACCAGCCUCAAAGUUAAUGACUCCCAGUCUCAACAAGCCAUUGCAAAUGUCCAGCCCACCUGAGGAGUUGAAGCCUGAUGCAGAGAUCAGCUCGGAAGAAGAAACAUUACCUCUGACCAUGUUGCUAAAAAGGUCUGUCAAAACUAGCCAUAAGAAACCCAAGCUCUUUGACUUUGCCACUGACAAGGAGAGAGAUACUCUCUUUCAGGUCAUGAGAGAAAGAUGUGUGAAACUCAGAAGUGUUACUUUAUUUCCUUUCACAGCUGUUUAGUGCACCGAACCAUCUUUCCUGCCACAUUUGAAGCUAAAAUAAUAAAACAUGAAACUGUGGCUUUACCCCCUCAUCUGGAUUAGAUUAGUCUAAUUGUAGAAAGUCCUAUAUAAAAAUGGUCUGUUAGUACUUAAAAGAAGGAGAGAAGAUUCUAUGGAACAAACUUUAAAUAACAUUU